CAAUUGUGCAGAAUAUAUGGAAAACGCAAGCCUAUCUAGAAAAAAAGGGCUGUACUUCGUCGACUGCCUCGAGUUCGACCAGCUCCCCGGUGCCGUCCAGCUUCAGCGGGAAACUCAUCAGCUACGGGGCAACGUGUGCGAGCAGUGCGGCAAGACCUACAAACGCGCUUGUUCCCUUAUACGGCACAAGAAGUACGAGUGCGGGCAGCCGCCCCGGUACGCCUGCAGCCACUGCCCCUACAUGGCCAAGUACAGGACACACCUCCUCACCCACAUAGCCCAUCGGCACAAGGUCAAGGGCUUCGAGCUCGAGCCUGGCGAUCUAGGAUCCAGCAGCUAAGCUCGACCUCCUCGUCAACGGAUGGAUCGGUUUUACGAAGCCAAGCAGCUUGUGACUGACUGCCAAUGCGUCGGGGGCUGCGG